GUCUUUCAAUUUCCCCAAUUUUCUCUCUCUUCAAUCUUCAUCUUCUCCAGAAAUCGAAAUCGAACCUCUCGUCCUCGUCCUCGUCCAAAGCUUUUUUAUCGAAAUCGAGAUGGCGGAUCAGAGCUCUAAGCCGUUGCAGUUUUUCGUCAGACUACUCGACGGGAAAUCACUAGCCCUAACUUUCUCCUCUCCGUUAGCAUAUGGGGAUCAGAUCAAGCAACGGAUCUUCGAGCACACGAAGAUCCCGACGCAUCUACAGCGAUUGAUAUGCGGAGGAUACCAGAUCUCCGACGAAUCAUCGGUUUCUCAGCCUGACGCCACCGUGAAUCUUGUCCUUCCCCUCCGUGGAGGUAAAGGAGGAUUCGGAUCGUUACUUCGUAUCUCUAAAGAAGUGAAGAAGACGAGCAACUUCGGCGCGUGUAGGGAUAUGAACGGACAGAGGUUGAGGCAUGUAAAAGCUGAGCAGAUGCUUAAGGAGUGGGUGGAAGGGCAAGAAGAUAGGGACCUUGUGAAAAGGGGUAUUGAGUAUGUGAAGGAGCAGCAGAAUAAAGCCAAACAAGGUGUUGGUAACGGAUCUACGCAGAAGUAUGUGAAGAAGUAUACGGAAGAAUCUGAUAAGUGUAUUAUGGCUGUUGAUUUGGCUUUGAAAGAAUCUUUUCUUAAUGGGAAGAGGAAAGGGAAGAUCUUUGCUGAAUCUCACAAAUCGAAAAGACUUAAGAUAUGGAAGGGAAAGAGUGCUGUUGAUGAUAGUGACAGCGAUGAUAGCAGCGACGAUGAAGAUGAGAAUUUUGUUGUUCUAAACAAUGGUGUCCAAGUUGGUUCAGAUGAGGAUGAUACUGAUGGAAGCUCAGAUUCGGUUAUGACUGAGACUCACUGUGGUGAGUCUUCUGGUAAAUCGUCAUUCAAUAGCGGUUCAGAGGAAGAGAAUGACAUUGUAGUCCGCCAAAGUUCAGAUGAAGUUAAGGGAGAGAUCACCGGUGUUAAGGGAGAGAAGACUGAUGAUUUACCUGUUGCUGUUGCUGUUGCUGAUGCUAUGGGUCAUACUGAAAAGGAAGAUAAGUCAAGUGCAUACGCAGGGAAGAAUCUGGUCGGAGUAGCUGGUAAAACGUCAGUUUCGUCUGCAGCUGUUAAGAUUCAAGGCAUUGAUUCUGACAUAAAGGCAGGAGGAGCUGCAGGAGAACCUGUUAAACCACUUAACUUUGAUGAUUUCAGUACAGCAACAGAUAUGGAGGUUUUGGGGAUGGAGAGAUUAAAGACUGAGCUUCAGUCACGUGGACUGAAAUGCGGAGGGACAUUGCAUGAGCGGGCUGCGAGGCUGUUCUUACUUAAAUCAACUCCACUCAAUAAGCUCCCAAAGAAAUUGCUUGCCAAGAAAUGAAGAACAACAUGCCACUCCCAAGGAAAUUACUACUCUUUUGAACUUAUCUGCUUGUUUGUAGUACAAUAACACAACCCACAUGUGUGUAAUAUCUGCUGUAAUUUUAUACUAAUCCACCAAGAUAAACACUUUCGUAAUCACUUCCCUCUUUUUAUCCA